AUGGCAGCGCCGACAGCACGUUUGGCAACCACGGCCUCAGUCCUCGAGUCGACCCAUCCCCUUCCAGUCUACGACGGUGACCGCGGCAACUACAGGCAUACCAAGCCCACCUCCAUCAGCGAAACGGCCGAGGGCAUGAGGAUUCCCACAAAAGUGGUGUGGAUCGAUCCCACCACGCUUGUGAACGAGGGCAAGAAGUAUGCCGCAAGGAGGAGGGUAACCAAAACGGUCGAUGAGGAGAAGAUUGUUGAGGGGAGCAGCACCCUGGAGCGUCGAACAGAGCAGUGCUCUGUUACCUGCCUUGACGCUCAUGUCGUUCGGCCCGUGAUGGAAAUCUUUUCCGCUGGGUUCGGGGUCAGGGACAAUAAAUGGAAGGUUCAGCACACGUGGGAGUACCAACUGAACCUGCCUGAUAUUCCCAAGGCUCAGGAGCCCAAAACCAGCGGCAAGUCCGCCAAUCGCCAAGCUUCCUCGAAGAAAAGGAGGUUGUCCCAGGCAAGGGAAUCUUCUGCCAAUGCCUCUUACACCGAACACGAGCCCAAAUACGUCACAGUCCGGCCAGACUUGAUUGUGGUUCGAACUGCAAAGAGUGAAAGGCUCAACCUCGGAAAGGGCAGGCUAGGAGCGGCAAGUCGGUGUAUUUCCGUUUUGGAAAUGAAGCGAGAAGGGGUCAUCCCCUCUCGGGUUGAGAAUAUGAUGAAGGUGGCCAUGGAGCGGCGGGACACUCUGCACAGCAACCCGCGGCAGGCAUUCGAUUUGGGCUCUACCAAUCUGCUCAAGGAGUUGAUUCAGUACAAUCUGGCAUGCCGUGUUCCCUCCGGAGCCGCGUCAGACUACGACUCGAUGGUGUUUGUGAACUUCCCGGAUAUGAAGACAGAAGCCAAGGUCGGAAUCAAGGAGCUGUGGGACACUGGUGUGGGUGAGACUAUGGAGAUCUCUAUCCUCGGGCCUGAGAGAAGCGCAGACAUCCGCGCAGCGUGGCUUGGCUUUCUGGCUUUGGGCAGCAAAGCUCUCUCUGAGUCGAUGGCUUGA